GUCCGGCGCAUGCGUAAAAGUCAUCGUGUUUCCGGUACGGAUAGUGUAGCGACGCAGAGACGCAAGAUGGCGGCAAGGUUACUCCUCCGCUCAGCCUUCAGGGCCGCUGUCAGCCGCCGGACCGGGCGGGAAGCGACACUGAGCCGCGGCAUGGCGGCUGGAGGUAUUCCCACGGAUGAGGAGCAAGCCACCGGCCUGGAGAAGAUAGUCAUGAAGGCCAUGAAGGAAGGCUCGGACCCGUACAGCAUGAUGAAGCCAAAGGAGUACGCCGGUUCCAAAGCGGAUCCUCACCUGGUUCCCUCCAUCUCCAACAAGAGGAUUGUGGGAUGUGUGUGUGAGGAAGACAACACGGCCGUGGUGUGGUUCUGGCUCCACCAGGGCGAAGCCCAGCGCUGUCCGUCCUGCGGUUCCCAUUACCAACUGGUCCCACACCAGCUCCCCCACUAGACCCGGAACAAGAAGCACGCCGGCGUAUUUUGGGAACAUCCUGCUGACUCCAUUAUCCUUCCUGUUUUUGACACCCACAUUCUCUCUCUAUAUAUACUUGAUCAACCUGAUGACCUCAUCAUCAUCAUCAUCACUACCAGUCCUUCUUCUUAGGACGGAAAGGGUGGUUCUGCCGUGGUCCAACGUGAGGAAGGGGGGUCCUGGAAAAGGACCUAUACUUGAAUGAAAAGAAAUAAAAGCUUGUCAGACCUCUA